UGACAGCCGUGAUGAGAAGAGGGAGACAGGGAAGGGAGAAAUAGAUGGAGAAGAAAUCCCCUUACUGCUUGAAUGUCAGUUUGGCAGCUACAGUGACUGAGCAACAUCAUCUGAGCAGGGGAGAGUGAGUUUUUUUUGUAUCUGUGAGUGGGAGAGAAUGAGAUCAGGAGUGAGGAAGGCAAAAAUAAAAGAGAGACAGAGAAAAGGAAAAAGAGAAGGAGGGAGAGAGCAAGUGUGCAGCUUUGAGGCGUUCCAUCAUCCACCAAACUCCUGCAGCUUCCCUCUUCCCUCCUCCUCCUCCUGGAGAGAGACAGAGCAACAGAGAGAAGAAGAGUGAGAGAGAGAAAGAGAGAGAGAGAAAAAGAGAGCAAGAGAGUCAGGCUUGCAAGCCAGCGGAGAAGAGACGUCAAGAGGAGGAUCUACAGAGGGAGAAAAAAAAUCCUUCUCUCUCUUCUGCUGCCUCUCUUCGUGCAUCCUACGGGCAGCGAGGAGCGAGGAGGAUCCGGCUGGCAUAUUUUCUACGCUGCUUCCCCGUGAUUUCUGUGGCUGUAUCACAGUGGGUGGAGCGCAGGGAGAGCCGCCGAGAGCUCGAUCGGUGACACCGCUCCGCAGCAGAAGAGUACUGUAGAAGAGUCGGGAUGCUUAACAACCUGACCGACACAGAGGAGGGGGACGGGGGAGCGCAAAGCCAGGGUGACAGUAACCCCAAGGAGAACAGCCCCUUCAUCAACAGCAGUGAUGCUGCCGAAGAGAAGACCCAGCAGUAUGACGGCAAGAACAUGGCCUUGUUUGAGGAGGAGAUGGACACAAGUCCUAUGGUGGCAUCUCUUCUCAGCAGCCUGGCAAACUACUCCAACCUGCCACAAGGUAGCAAGGAGCACGAGGAGGCCGAGAACAACGAGGCUGAGUCAUCGCGCAAGAAACCCGUCAAGGCCCCCUCUCUCGGCACUCUGAUGGGCGUCUACCUGCCCUGCAUCCAGAACAUCUUCGGAGUGAUCCUCUUCCUCAGGAUGACCUGGUUGGUGGGAAUUGGAGGUGUCAUUGGGACUUUCUUCAUAGUCUUCAUGUGCUGUACCACAACCCUGCUGACUGCCAUCUCGAUGAGUGCCAUCGCUACCAAUGGAGUAGUGCCAGCUGGGGGCUCCUACUACAUGAUAUCCCGUUCACUGGGCCCUGAGUUUGGGGGAGCCGUGGGGAUCUGUUUCUAUCUGGGGACAACCUUCGCUGGAGCGAUGUACAUCCUGGGGGCCAUUGAGCUCCUCCUGAUCUACAUAGCACCCAAAGCGGCCAUCUUUCCCCUGGAGGGCCUGGAGGGUGCCGAAGCAGAGGCCGCCCUGCUGAACAACAUGCGUGUGUACGGCACCAUCCUGUUGACCUCCAUGGCCACGGUGGUGUUUGUGGGCGUGAAGUACGUGAACAAGCUGGCCCUGGUGUUUCUGGCCUGCGUCAUUCUCUCCAUCCUGGCCGUCUACGCCGGGGUCAUCAAGACCGCCAUCGACGCUCCCGAUUUCCCUGUGUGUCUCUUAGGCAACCGCACUUUGGUGUGGAAGUCCUUCGAUGUGUGUGCCAAGACGGUUGAGACAGCUAAUGGGACAGUCACCACCCAGCUGUGGCGCAUCUUCUGUGACUCACCUUUCCUCAACGCUACCUGCGACAAGUACUUUACAGCCAACAAUGUGACUCAGAUCCAGGGCAUCCCAGGGGUCACCAGUGGAAUCCUGACAGACAAUCUGUUUGGGACCUACUAUGAAAAGGGGGAUCUGAUUGCCAAAAAGUUCACACAGUCAGCGGAAGACCAGGAUGACCCUCUGACCAACUCCAACCGCUACGUGUUGGCCGACAUCACCAGCUUCUUUACAUUGCUGGUCGGCAUCUACUUCCCCUCUGUGACAGGUAUCAUGGCUGGCUCCAACCGCUCCGGAGAUCUCCGUGAUGCCCAGAAGUCAAUCCCCAUUGGAACCAUUGCAGCUAUCUGCACCACCUCUUUUGUCUACAUGUCCAGUGUGGUUCUGUUUGGUGCCUGCAUCGAGGGUGUGGUCCUCAGGGACAAGUUUGGAGAGGGAGUCCACGGGAAUUUGGUGAUUGGCACAUUGGCUUGGCCGUCACCAUGGGUGAUCGUGAUUGGCUCCUUCUUCUCCACCUGCGGUGCGGGGCUGCAGAGUUUGACAGGUGCUCCUCGUCUCAUGCAGGCUAUCGCCAAGGACGGCAUCGUGCCCGCCCUUCGGAUAUUUGGCCAUGGAAAGGCCAACGGUGAACCUACAUGGUCCCUGCUGCUGACAGCUUGUAUCUGUGAGAUCGGCAUCCUCAUUGCUUCCCUGGAUGCUGUGGCUCCCAUCCUCUCCAUGUUUUUCCUGAUGUGCUACAUGUUUGUGAACUUGGCCUGUGCUCUGCAGACACUGCUAAGGACUCCAAACUGGAGGCCCCGCUUCAAGUUCUACCACUGGGCUUUGUCCUUCCUGGGGAUGAGCUUGUGUCUCACUCUGAUGUUCCUCUGCUCCUGGUACUACGCCAUCGUCGCCAUGGUUAUUGCCGGCUCCAUCUACAAGUAUAUCGAGUUUGCAGGUGCGGAGAAAGAGUGGGGUGAUGGGAUACGAGGUCUGUCUCUGAGCGCUGCACGUUACGCUCUCAUGCGGCUGGAGGAAGGUCCACCGCACACCAAGAACUGGAGGCCCCAGUUGCUGACGCUGGUUAGUACAGACUCAGAGCAAAACGUGGAGCAGCCUCGUCUGCUCUCUCUGACCAACCAGCUGAAGGCAGGAAAAGGUCUGACCAUUGUUGGAACAGCUCUAGAGGGCACCUACCUAGAGAACAGCGAGCAGAGCCAGCGUGCAGAGAAGGCGCUGCGCAAACUGAUGGAGACUGAGAAGGUGAAAGGCUUCUGUCAAGUGACCGUGUCCUCAAACCUGCGUGAUGCCACCUCCCAUCUCCUCCAGGCCAGUGGGCUAGGAGGCCUGAAACAUAACGCUGUGUUGGUAUCCUGGCCACGCAACUGGAGACAGGGAGACGAGCACCAGACCUGGAGAAACUUUGUUGAGUUGGUCAGAGAAACCACCGCCGCUCACCUGGCCCUGCUUGUCCCGAAGAACAUCUCGGCCUUCCCGUCCAAUGGAGAACGCUUCUCUGAGGGUCACAUUGACGUGUGGUGGAUUGUCCAUGAUGGAGGCAUGCUGAUGCUGCUGCCCUUCCUCCUCCGCCAGCACAAGGUUUGGAGGAAGUGCAAGAUGCGCAUCUUCACUGUGGCCCAGUUGGACGACAACAGCAUCCAGAUGAAAAAAGACCUGACCACAUUCCUCUAUCAUCUCCGUAUCGACGCCAUGGUGGAAGUUGUAGAAAUGCAUGACAGUGACAUCUCAGCCUACACUUACGAGAAGACCCUGGUGAUGGAACAACGGUCGCAGAUGCUCAAACAGAUCAACCUGAGCAAGAAUGAGCGUGAGAGAGAGAUCCAGAGUAUCACUGAUUCAUCCCGCGGGUCAAUCCGCCGUAAGAACCCGGCUGCCGUGACGACCCAGCUGAGUGUGACCGAGGACCCGCCAGCAGCCAGCAAGGAGGAGAAGCCUGAGGAAGAGUCAAAGUCGGCCUCUUCCCCUGUGUCCCCCCCCGCCCAGGUCCAGCUCAUCCACGACAACACCACCCCAACCAGCCCCGCAACCCCAGCCACCCCGCUGACCCCCGCAGAGGAGGCAAAGAGCCCCGGGGAGCAGAUCCAGAUGACCUGGACUGAGAAGUGUGACGGUGAGCCGGCCAAACCGCCUGGCGCAGCCACACCAGAGGGCAUCAAAGACAUCUUCAACAUGAAGCCCGAGUGGGAGAACCUGAACCAGUCCAAUGUGCGGCGUAUGCACACAGCGCUCCGGCUGAAUGAAGUCAUCAUCAAAAAGUCCUCAGAGGCCAAGCUGGUCCUCCUCAACAUGCCCGGGCCACCCAAGAACAGGACAGGUGACGAAAACUACAUGGAGUUCCUCGAGGUCCUCACUGACGGUCUCAACCGGGUCCUGCUGGUCCGCGGAGGCGGCCGCGAGGUUAUCACCAUCUACUCCUGAAAGAGCAGCCCCCUCCCUGUCCCCUCCCCCCCGCCCUGUCCCUGUGUCAACCUUGCUCCCACACUCUCAUCAACGCUGCUUCAUCUUUAUGUUUCCUCUCACCCCUUAUUUCUGUAAGAUAGUCCUCUCACACCCAACCAACAGCCCUGCUCAGCUUCAGCACCUUUCCCUCCGCUCCAUGCCCAGCAGACCGAUGAGCGCUAUCACACGCUCAGCUGUAACUACCGUCAGCUCUCGACUCAUUCAAAUGCUAUCUAGAUUUGUUCUCGAAGAGACUUCUUUUCCUCGCUAGUCUUCAAUCUACUGUUAUAACUGGCAUUGAGUCGGAGUCACUCUGCAAGGAGGAGGUGGUGGUGGUGUUGUUGGGUGUGGGUUGUUAUGCCGAGGUGUGAGCGCACAUGCAUGUUUGUGUCCAUCUUUGUUAAAAACCUUUGCAUUCCUUUUGGUUGAGUUAUUUCCUUUUUAAGCGUAUGUUUUUUUAAUAUAAGUGUGGCAUAACAGCAUCAGCUUCUGCUUGAAAAGGAAAACAAGAGCCGUACUGAAACGAGCUCGAUGUAGGAUUGUCUGUUUAGUUCCGUUGUGGUGAUCGCACACCUCCCACAGCGCUCCAACCUGUUGUCUUCAAUGUGAUUUAUCUUUCAAGGCAAAAAGACACUGCUACCCACGGUCAGGACCACCAGCUGGAAGGAGAACAGAGUCCUUAAGUACGAACUGUGAAAUUCACAUUGGUUUUCAAAGAAGACUGAAAAGGCAUGUGGAUCAAACCUUCAGUAUUAUCUUUAACCUGAUUACUCCUUAGCAUGGCGUCCUUAUAGCUGUGUGGGUGUUUCUACUCCACUUGUUGUGAUACCGCCAUCACUGUCUUUCUACCUGUCCUCCUUUCAACUGAUUUCUUAGUGGCUGUUCAUCCCCGUGGCCACUGUUAGUGCCAAAAAAAAUACAACAAGGCUAGCUUAGUUUGUAGAGAUUGACACGUAAUUAAAACUGUGAAUAGUGCGUUUCCUACCAGAAGGCUGGUGUAACAGUAGGGAGACAGUACAAACACCCCGAGGAGAUUGUCAUUGCCAGCACCCCUCGACUCUCGUGUGGAUCACUGUAAAUAAUGUACAAGCUCUGACGCGUUGUUCAGUAUGAGUGUGGUAUUUUUGUGACAUACUAAAAAGCUUCUAGUGGAGAGAAAACAUUCCUUCGCUGAGAGGGACAGCUCGAAAAACGCUGUUUUCAACGUUUAUUUAUCUAUUUAUUUAUUGGAUGGCAUAGGCUCCUGUCACUAUGGUAACCGUCAUUGUAACCCCAACAAGCACUGCACCUGCACUGUCCGCCACUGUGCGACAAAGUGAACCUUUGAUGAAUUCAUCCAAUUCAUCAAAUUUAAAAAAAAACAGAACACUAAAUGUUAUUUUUUCAUCUAGAGAACAAAUAUGUAUUUAUGUUUAUAGACAAAAGUUACACAUAUUUAUGAAAUAGUUGUAUGUCAUUUUGACUGUCACUCAAAGAUAUAUUGUUGUUUUUGCCUAAUUUAGAUUACAUUAAAUGUGCCAUAUCAAAGUAUUUUUCAAAGACAAAUAGUGAACAAAAAUUCUAUUGAAUUAGAGGGAACAAAGUGUGCUAAAAAAAAAGGAAAACUACAUGAAACUAGUACGGUAACAGUAGGAUGACACCGUAGUUGGAAAGUUGCCCAAUAGAUGAUAAAAGAAUAGAUGUUCGGACGCUCAGAGUAGUAGCCGGUAUAUCAGCUGUUACAGAGGUGAGACUUUGAACAUCUGUCCAUUGAUUAUUUAAAGGGUCAAGUCCAAAUAAAUGGAGAGGACAAUGGCUUCUGUAGCUAGGAAACUCACGUUGUCCACAAGACUCAACUCUAUGCAGUAGACUCUCCAGGGAGAUUUUCUAUCCUCUAGAUUGGUUAAGAUUUGAGCCUGACUGAAUGAGUGGUAAGCAAAAUCAUAUUUAGCUUCAAAAAGUGCAUCUUGGAAGGAAUGUGCAAUAGUUGAAAUCUGGACUCAUGUGAUCAUCUUAUUUAUUUUUUUACACAUAUUUUGUAUAUGUAGAUUUCGUAAGUCUUUAAAAGGACAGCUGUCACUUUACUUUAUUUCUGGGGGUUUUUCUGGAAAAACUGUUUUUUGGUCAUUUGCACUUGUAGUAGAAAUAUGAAUAUAAAUAAAUGAAUACGUAUAUAUAUAUAUAUACAGUAUAUACAAUAUAGGGAAGCAAAACAAAUUAGUUUCUAGAACUAUUUACCAACAGUAUUUAAUGUUUUUAGUGUUGCUUGAAUGUCGGACCAUAUGUUGUGAAUGCUGCUAGUAUCAAUAGAUUUCUUUGUACUGUAAAUAGAGAUGACUAAGCAACAUUAAAGAUGAAAAAGGGUAUAGACAUACAUAUCAGUGGUGGUGGUUGUUGUUUAACAAGACGAGGCUUUACCUGGAAACAUUGGGCCUGAGAUCUCUAGACAGCGUUAGCUUUGUGUUUUUAUUACGAAACUAUACUGAAUACCUUGAUGCAAUAUUACACAAACGAGGGCCGAUCCCCCACCUGUUUAUUCUCUUUAAAAAAAUCUAAUAACUAAACUCUGGGUUAUUACCAUGUUUAAUCCCUUAAGUAAAGUGAACCAAUUUUAAUGCACCAGAUUAUUAAUUUACGUAUUUUCCUUAAAAGAAAUUUACAGGAAUCACCUAAAUGUUUAAAAAUGAAUAUUUAUCUGCUAAACGUUACUGUUUGCAAAUUUCUAACAUAGCUACCUUUGACACCUGUGACACUUAAGAAGCAGCAACUCCUAGUUUUUGAAGAUUUUAGGGUGCCAAGUCAUGCCCAUUUUCUUUAAUAUGCUUGUCUCUUAACUCUGACACAGAGGUUGUUUAACGCUCCCUUGGGUUUGUGAAGAACACGGCUACUUUGGGAUUGUCUCCACAACAUUGCCUGCAUCAACUGAGCCUUUUAAAAAUGUAUUCAAAAAGAAAAGAUAUAUCUGAUGUUUAUUGGAGAGGUUUAUGGAAAUGAAUUUAUUUAUUGAAUUAUAAAUGUUUUAUAAUUGCUGUUUGCAUGGUACUAUGUGGCAAUAUUUGUUUUAGUGGUUUCUAUAGUGAUGACUUCCAUGUCUGAGGUGCAGAGGGGGGUGAAAGGCUGUCAGACGUUCUCGCCUCAUAUCGACUCUGGAGUGUUACUGACACUACUGUUAGUGACACGGCUAGAAACCUUGAAAACAAGUCUUUUGCAAAAAAUAAGAAAAGUAUGAGUUCAUUAUAUUGUUACUUGUUAUAUUUCAAUCUUGCUCAAAUAGUCUUAUGUAACGCAAUAGGAGAUUUUGAGUUUGCGGAUGGAUGAGCCGUAGAAUUGGUCAUUUCACCUUUUGUAAAUAUAGAUCAUUGAGUCAGAGACACUAUAACCUACUAGUGUUGUCUUUUGUUGUACACUGUUCUAUCACUGUCGACAAAGUCUUAGCGUUUUGUAAGAUUAUGUGCAAUAUUGUUCUCACAUUGGUACGUUUUUACAUUUUGUCACAGGUAUGUUAUUAAUUUUCUAGAAACAACUGGAGGUGUCACUUUAUUUCAUGAGAAUGUUUGUCACCAGGUGUUACAGACAAUAAAGGUCUGCAGUGUUCAUCCCAAAUGUGGCUGAGACAGCAAAGCACUUUACACUGAGGGGGUACUCUGUGACAGGAUCAGUCUGCAGGAGUGGGGGGGGGGGUCUAACAAGAGCCAGCCUGCUCUGUACAGACUCUAUCCCACAGUGACCUCUGGGGGCUUACGAGUGUAUUAAAGCCAGCCAUGGAGGUCUGAGAGCUCAGACCACAAAACAGAAUUAAUUCCCAUCGUGUUUGAGCAGUUUUUCCCAACUGCCAUAAUCUGGAGACCUACCUGCUGAUUUAGUUUACAUCUUAUCUUUUCAGCAUUCUCUUGGACAUUUAGCAUGCAUCACAUUCUUUCAAUUUUUUCUUUUUUUUUGGCAAACGUCAUCAAAAAAAAGAAUAAUAGUAACUGUUAAAUUUAUAGUGCUUGUCACUCAAUCUGUGAGGUGAGCCUUCCCAGAAUCCCUCCUCCACACCCCCAACCCUCUCUCCUCACCCCAUCUGCCCCAAAUCCCUGGCCUCCCCCAUCCCAGCCACUAAAUCCACCCCAGCUCUGUAUUUUAAAUGUGAUUGCAGUAUAAUUCUGAAAAAUGAUCAAAGAAUAUAAAACUCGCGCUUCCAAUUCUGGCACCGGCUCUGCUUGGACGACACAAGAUAGUCGACUUAAAAACCAGCACGCCCCCCUCUCCCCACAACUGAUCCAUGACUAAGAUCAGAUCUUUCGCCUGCACAACUGUAGCAUGAGACAAACUUGCCGGUGAUCAUUACUCAGUCUCCAUCCUUAAAUGGAUAUUAAGGGCUCUGAAACACAUCUGUUACCGGGUUGAGGAGGCUGUCCUGUUAAGACACCAACAGAGAAAAUAUCAAACAAGUCCCAGAUCACGGCAGAGACGGCACACGCAGUGUGGAGCUCAGAUAACAUCGUACCCUUUAGUUGAUAUUCACAGAAGCAGCAGACAGAUGUGCCUGAUGUUGGAGGCAAAGCUGCACUUACAUCACACACAGCCAACCUCUCUGGGAGCUAAAGAGAAGAAGUCAAGUGGCUAUCCACGCCGUGCGAGCAGAGCCGGGUCCCAGUCAUGUUGUGUAACUCAGUGCAUGCAUGCAACUACCCUGAACAAGGUGUAUUGAAAAUAUAUUGGGUGUUUGUGGUAUAAAAGUAUUUUGUUUAUAUCAGUUGGGAACUUUUCUUUCUAGUAGUAUAUAUAUUUUUCUUUCUCUUUCCUUAGGACUGGCCAAUCAUUGUAUCCAAGAUGAAUAUUAUUAUAGUACAAGAUUCUAUUUUUAUGGUCGAUUUAUUGACAGGGUCUUCUUAUUGUGUCAAAUAUUAUCUGGAGAUAAACUGAUUACCAAAGUAUAUUUCAGUUAACUACAUACGUGAUGGUGUGCAAAUGUGUGCUCCCGUGAAUUAGACGCAGACAAGUGAAUACUGUUUACUAUUUUACAUUUUGUAACAAUUAUCAUUAAUAGAUUUUAAAAAGAAGUUUGUGUCAAUGGGGUAAAUCUAUGAAAGUGCCAAAGUAGAAGGGGAAGCCUGCAAAUCCACAAUUUGGUGGAAGUUGCAUGAAAAGGCAGCCUGUCCAAAACGGUUUAUUUACCCGCUUUUCAGUUAAUAACUAAGGUUUAGGCUAUUUCUUGUCAGUUAUAUUCAGUCAAUGUAUUACGUACAAAGGUUACCAAUCCCCAAAACUCGUCAGUCAUGUUGACAUUCUGGCCUUUAAAGAAAAAAGACUGGAAAUGGGGAAACUGUCUAACAGUUACAAAAUCCGCCCAGCAACAGUUCUAAAGCUCCUUUAUUAACUCCUUGUAUCGGGUUUGUUUAAUCCAUUCGAAACCAAAGUAUUAAAAAAAUUAUACAAAUUUACAUAUACACAUAUAUUUCACUAGAAUUGUAACUUGUAUGAUUUCAUGUGAAAAAUAAAAAUAGACUGAAUGAUUGAUGGCCGUUUAAAUAUUAGAUUUAAUCUUCAGGGACUGGUCCCAACGGGAAGUAGAACGUUCCAUAACCUCAUAAAACGUUUUUUACAAAGAGCCAUUAUCCAAUCGGUGUGCUUCAUAUUUAACUGACAGACGAGAGGUAUCGAUUUCCUCAUUUUCCUUUUGGGAACAAGCCAUUUCCCGGAAUUAAUUUUCCUUUUAUACUUUAUGGCCUUUGACAAAUUCGGUAUUUCAUU